GUCACGGCGGCGCGCAAGCAAUGCCCAAUUAAUCAAAUAUGUCACAUAUUAACGCUUCGUCAGCCAGUGCCCAAUGGCACCUUCCCAUACGAGACACAGCGGGCCGUUGGUGCUGACGAACGAACCGUGCUCCGUUCACACUGCCCGUAGCGUGAAUGGGCCCGCGGCUGUUCACUGUCUUCUGUGACUCUUCCCCCAGCGAGUAUAAAUACAUGAUGAAGCCAUACACUGAGAACCCCAUCCUUUAUGCACUCCAACAACAUGGCUAACACCGAUUUCUCGCUCACCGACGUCACCGACGCCGACAUCCCCGCCAUGGUCGACAUGACGCUCGAAGGCUGGGCCGACGACGGCGUCUGGCAGGGCAUGAUGCGCAACGUAGCACGUAAAGAUUCCUAUGAUCUGCUCGCUAGGAUCCACAAGGCUCGCGUGGGGAAGCCGGGGGGCAAGUACUUCGGGAUACGGGAGAAGGACACGGGGAAACUAGUCGCCUGGACCGCGCUAUUUUAUCCGCAGCCGGACCAGCCAGCAGGACAGAAGAAGAGCAUGCCCAAACCCGAUAUUCGGGGCAUGGAUGAGCAUAUGGCGACGAUAUUCUUCGGCACGCUUAUGCGGGCAUCGGGACGCUAUGGAUAUGAUCCCGCGGAGCACUUCCACCGUCGAGGCACCUUCACGCACGCGGACUACCAGAGACGCGGUUUCGCCACUUGGCUGACGCAGCACUGCAACGCGAUUGCCGAUGAGGCUGGGCGCGCUACCUUCGUGGGCUGCAGGCCGGCUUCGAAAGGCGUGUUCGAGAAGUGCGGGUUCCGGGUUGUGGCGGCUAUUGAUGUCGAUGUGAAGGGGGACGGGUCGGAGAUGGACGUGCAGUAUGUGAUGCGGAGAGAGCCGGAGGCUAAGUAGCGGGCUCUUAGAGAGUCCUUUCUCAUUCUGGCCAUGGCUAUCUCCCGAAUCUUAUUCUCUCCACUGCGCUGGCAUGGGAAUCAUACCUCUUUUGACUUCGAACUUUGGCAUACAUCACACAGUACAUCUCAAGUAAUAAUUCGAAGAAGUGCCAACC